CUCAACACUUUUCCCUCGUACCCCUAUUGAAGGCCUCAACCCCCACGAGACGUCAAUUGAUAGUUUUUCAUAUAGGAAGCACCUAUCACGAUGCCCAUACCCGUUAUUGGACCAAUCUUCAAGAAGCUCCUCGCCCCCGAGCUGGACAAUAACGGCGAGCCUAAUGCCUUUCACUUCAUGCUCGGCCAGGAAGGUUACCGGUUCCAGUCGCGGGUCUUCCGAAUCCCGUCGCGAUUCGGCGCCUUCUCCCGCGGCCCCCGGCAACUCCAAGCGUACGAGGGCUCUCAGUUCGCCCUUCUUCUCGUGCAGAUGCUCUUAUGGAUCACAUACGGGCUUCCCUCUCUCGCCAUUUCCAACUUUCUGGGAGUGUCUCACCUGGAUCUCGGCUAUGUGACGUUCCAGGUCAUAUCCGCCAUGGUGACUAGUUACUGGCUCGGCAUGUUAUUCGAUCCCCACCGCAGGCCUGAGAAUUUCCACGAGGUAUGGCGGCCGGAUGGAUGGCGACAGACUGAUUUGGAAGACAGGCUCGAGCAGGCCAAGUUCCGGGCAAGAGUCCUACAUCUGAGGCUUGAACGUAACGAGCUUCAGUGGGAUAAAUUACAACUGGAGAGGAGUGAUUGGUUGGAAUUACGAAGGCAGAUCGAAGAAGAGGGCUUGGAGAGUGAUGAGGAUGAUAUGGAGGUCGAUAUGAUUGAUGCGGUGGAACUCUUCGUCGGUGACUGGAGCUCUUAUUGGUAUUUCCUCUGAAUUUUAACACC